UUAGAUAUUCGCAUAAGGCGAGUGAACGAAUGGCGUACAUAAUCGAGCGACGUAACGCGCUUGCGAGAACGUUAGAGAAGGGGUUGUCGAGCAGGAGGGUAAAGAAGUAACCGCGGGCUGACGGGUUGUUCAGUCGGUGGUUGCUCGGUAGUAACGGGCGCGUCCACGAAUUACGAGCUAACACGAUGGAGGCUGCGUUAAUUAUAACGAACAAGUGAUACGCGCCGUGUGUACACGGGGAUCGUGUCCUGGAUAUUCGUGUCCCGCGUAUCCCCUGUCGCGCACCCCUGCUCCCCCCUGUGUCCGUGCUUCUGUGUGCGUGCGGGUCCCUCUAACGGUAGUAGUUUGGCAUCUCGCUACAAAGAAAAGAAAAAAAGCAAAUAAGAAAAAAAAAGAAUAAAAAAGUGCAAUUGGACAAAGAGAAAGGCACAACGAACAAGAAAAUGUCGUCCACGUAAAUCGAAGGAAGGCGCUUUGGGAUAAAGAGAGAGAGAAAAAGAAAGAGAGAGAGAGAGAGAGAGGCAGUUCUCGUACACGGUGCAGUGGUUUACCCUGAGUCGUUGGUACGCGCAGCCUUUUGGUGUUGCUGGCUGACUUGACGCCUGCUUUUGCUAUUGCUGUCGCUGCCGCCGCCGUCGAACCGUCGCCGACGUUGCUGCAGCAGUUGCUAGCGAUACGAAAUGAACGGGAAAAAAAGAGAAAGAUCAUGUGUUAAUUGAGAGGGAGAGAAAGUGUGGGAGAGAAAGAAACAAAUGUAGCCUUCAUUGUUCCGUCGUCGUCGUUCUCGUCGUUGGUCGUCAUUUAUUGUAUAGAACGCUCUGUCAAUACGCGUUUCCCUAAUGCGAACCUAAAAAAGAAAAAGAAAGGAGAAAAUAUAAUAAAUGCGAUGUGCUCGUUGGCCACCAGUCAGCCUUUUAUUUUUUUACGCGCUUCUUCGUGUCUUCUUUUUCUUUUCUUUUUAGGAAGUACAUCUUUGCAUUGAAAUAAGCAACUCGCUAGAGAAAAGAAGUAAUCUUUUAUCCUUUUAAAAAAAAAAAAAACAAAUUCGCACGUUCGGCCGAUUACUUUAUAGGGUGCCGCUCGAGUUGCUUACUUCGAGGCAAUACUGUACUCAAGUAGGGCAAACUGCCGUCCAGUUCACCGUGGAUACCGUUGGCUUUUCUAUAUUAUUUUCCCUGGGACUUCAUAUAUUAUUUCGCUUCGUAUACCCUUUUCACUUGCUUCGUGCACGGACGUAUCAUUGCAUGUGCAUUACAUUUGUUUGCUGACCCCGAUACUGGGUUAUACAUGUACCGUUAUAAUUUUAUAAUAAUAUCACGGCUUUCAUGGAAAAAAUGAUAGAGGAAUAUUAGGACAGAAAAACAAAGAAUAGGAUGAAACAAAGGAAGGCAAAGAUAGAAAGCAGAAGGGCACUGAAAACGAAUGUAAUGAAUCGCGGGAGGGAAAGAGUGGCGAAAAGGAAAAUGUCAGGGUGGGAUAAGAAGGGGUAACUAGAACGUGUCACGGCGUAAAACAAUGAAGAAGAAGAAGAGGGUUUUUCGAUUUGUUACAUUCGUGUUCGAAACUACUUGACCCAUUGACGGGUCAAGAAGCUGAACAGAAAGGUGUCAAUGCGGAGGUCUCCUCCUUGUAAUGCUCAGAUCAGAAAACUUGAGAGCUUGGUGGUAAAAGAGAGAAAAUUAUUUAUGUACAUAUUUUUUAAUCAACGAAAAUGCGAUUAAUCAGGCUAUUUUUAUGUUUUUGAAAGAAAUUCGUAUAAAUUAAAUUUGUUCAUUUUAAUUUAUGUUGGCAAAUGUUCACAAGGACAACUGUAAUUUCCUCUUUCUGUAAAGAGAAAUCUCUUAGCAUCUUCCUGCUUACAUAUCCCGCGUUAUGCUUUUAGCGCUAAUAAGGGUAGAUAUUAGUAUCUUGUAUCUCCUAAUGUAUUCAUUAUUAUACAUUACGUAAAAUACUUCUGAUUCACUUCAAGUAUCAUUGAAAUCCUUCUUUCAUUCUUCAAAAGCUAUGUUAUUCGAUAAAAAUUAGUAUAAACAGUAUUCAAAUGGAAAGGAUUAGUUAUUAAUAGUAUAAAAAGUACGUUUAAUUGGAGCAUUUAGUAAGUGUAACCACCGCUUCUUGUGUUCAAUAUGCAAAUAUACGUAUAAUGCUGUAAAUAAGAUGCUUUUCACGUGCUUCUCGCUAGAAUAGAAGUUAGUCGGUAGUUUAGUAUGACGGCCGCCAAUAGCAGGCGGAUGUCCGUCAUGUUUCUUGCCUUUCCAGAAGGAAAAACACACAGGAAGACGAUGCAAAGGGAUCUAAACUCGUAACAGAAAGAACGCCUGGCCCGAAGGCGUUAAACCGGGAAGAGUAUAAUCGGGGUGCGAAGCGAUGUACGCAGCUGCGGGUGGUGCCAGUAUAGCGAACAGGAGGAAGCAGAAACGGUUGCAGCUUAACAAACGCGUCGCCGAGGGUACGAUCCCGUCGCGGUUGAAGCCGAUCCCAGCGGCUUCUUCUCAGCACCACCAACACCAACACCAACAUCACCACCACCACCACCACCACCACCAUCCCAGCAAGUUUGCUCGUCCGCACGUUGUUCCACCAUCUUCCACGCAACAACCACCACAACCACCGUCAUCUGCAUUCCAUCCGAGCAUCGAUCGACGGCGUCAUGUCGAGAAGUGUCAGCAGGUUGCACCGGUAUCACCGAUCCAAUUCCCUAUAUCACCUCCACCGUUGUCUCUUGAAUCGCCUAGUUCGGUCACCUGCGCCACUAAGUCCAAUAAUUUCCCUUUCCCGCCACCAUCGAUCCUUGAUCUCCGAGUUUCGCCAUCUUCAUUGGAGCUACAGUGUGGUGGAGGACCUGGUAAAGCAGCAUGGCAGGGGUGCAGCAGACCUUCCCCCCUUCCUUUGUCUCCUAUGUCGCCUCACGGAUGUCGUGGAGAUGGUUACAAGACAAAGCAAUGCGAGGCUCAUCGACGAUGGAUGAAAAGAAACAGGAUAAGAGACGCAAGCUAUUGCUAUGGAAGCAGUGGAGAAGAUGACGAAGAUGAUGGAAGCAGUAACGCAAACCGUCGUAGAGGAGAAGUUAGUGCGGCAGUGAAUACCGUACUUUAUGCGGGGCUGGGAACUACAGCGCUCGGAUUAGUUAUCUCGUUUGUCGGCACUGGAGAGAAAGGAUUCCUCAGUCCGGAAUUGAGGCUGGUGGGUCCUUCGCUACUGUGCGCCGGUUUACUGUGUUGCCUAUUUCGGGUGCUGCUCUGCCUCUGUUUAUGCCGUUGCGGUCAGUGCCGCUGGCGGUUUUGCCACGUUGCUUCUGACAAAAAGGAAAAAGUGAGGAAAACGGACGCGCGUCCGGCUGGAACAUUACCUACCGCCUCACUUUUGUCACCAGCGCAACAACAGCGACAACAACAAUCAGCCAUGCCUUCGAGUGGCGCUGCAUCAUCAUCAACAAAAGCACACGAGCUCUUGCUCUCUCCUGCCCAAUUACCAGAGUGAAAACAACCAUUAUGAACGUUUUCUACGAGAAUCUACACGCUGAUUAACUGCCGGUUCUUGUCUAAAAUAGAAUAUCUUGUUUCCAUUCCGACCUGAACCGUUUUCGCAAAAGAAAAAAAAAAAAAAAAA